AUGAAAAACUGGGACUAUGGGAAGCUCGCUAUUGCCACAGCCGCCAUCCUCGGAAUUCUCACACUCGGUGCACUGACAUACUUGCUGGUGUGGUACGUUCGACGAAGACUGCGUGCCCGACGGUCUCGUCGCCCGGAGAGUCAUGAAAACGACCAAUUUGACCAGUCCGCAGUGUCCUUGGCCGAGGAUACAAGUAGGACCCUAGAUGACUUCCUCAUGAAGGAUAUCCAGCCUGAGCGGGGUUCAAUCAUGUUCAGCAGAAGCGGGUCUCCAUCCAUCACCAUCGUCAUUGACGACGCGGAUGAUGCUGACCACUGCAAGUUUCCACCUCAGCCGUAUAUGGCAAAACACGGCACUUCGGGGUCUUUAUCUGCAGAUGCCCACACCUUGACACAGAUCUCGACUCAAGAAACAGAUCCUGAUGACAUGCGGUCUGAUCAGACUCAGUGGAGCAGCUCAAGACGGCGUUCAUCAAGCACGACGCCUAGAGCAUCCAUCUCAUCGUCUGCCAUCCCAACAUCGCGAUCAUCCCAGAUUUGGACCACAACCUCUGGUAGCAUGCCAUCGGAACAGACCCAGAGAAGUAUUUCGGGACAGCACUCGUCCAUCAUGACACCGAGAGCAUCGAUCUCGUCAUCCGUUAUCCCAACGGCCGGAUCCUCCCAGGUGUGGACGACGACAUCUGCCGGGGCUGAGACAUUUUCGCUCCUUAGUCAAUCAUCAAACAGGUCGUACCGCCCUCAAAGCCCGACUGGCCUAUCGGCCUCACGUGCAUUGCAGGUAUAUGGACGUCGUUCGAAUGUUUCCGGUGCAUCAAGUCGUCCUUCCAGUGCAGGUGCCUUGCAAUCUGUGCCCCGCGUGUUCGAUGAGGCGGAAGCUCCGAGAAUGGCUUACUCGAGAAACAUUGACACUAUUAGAUCAACAAGUUCCAUGUCUCCUGUAUCGCCUGUACUGGUGGACGUUUCGGCUGGAGAUGAUCAACCUCAAUGGACCGCUGUUCCCCCAACGCCCUUUCCUUUCGGUCAGCCCUGA